ACGCUUUAUCACUCAUGAUCACGCGUCGUAAACUUACGUCACGCAUCGACAUUUCUGGACACACCUCCUCACUACGUUACAGUACAUCACGCUUUGUCACGUUUGAGCACGAUCGGUCACGCUUAGACACUUUUCAAAUUUUCAUCGUAUUUUAACACUUGCGGUGACUUCUCGUAACGCCUUUAUAGCAGGUCACGCCUAGCAACUCUUUGUCACACAUUGUUACUCUUGGUCACGUCUGGUCACGAUUUGUAAAUCUUCGUCACGUUUCGACAUGCUUACGUUAUGUUACGUACGGCUCGGCUAAUUUUUGCUGCUUUGCAAUACAUUAGAUGAAGUUACGACAGGUUAGAUUAGGUUAAGUUAGGUUAGGUUAGGUUAGGUUAGUUUGUUACAUUAGGUAACGUUUUGAAAAUAUCCGCCACGUUUCGGCACUUAUAGCCACAUCUCGUGACACCGUUACAGUACGUAACUCGUAGUCGCGCUUUGUCACGCUUUUAAAAUCUUGGUGAUGUUUUAACACUGAAGGCGUCUUCUCGUCACGCUUUCAAAGGAGGUCACGCCUAGUUACGCUUUGUCACUAAUAUAUUUUAUAUGUAUGAUUGAAGAUAUUGGAGUGGACAGCAACAGCGGUAUUGAUUAAUCAACUGAUGUGUCAGAAAGCUAUGGUCUGUGAGGAGUGGAAGAGGACGGAGGAGUUGUGAAGAAGAUAAAAUUAUGUAAUACUCUCUGCAGUGUUAAUUUUCUAGUGAUGUGUAUUGUAGUGAAAUCGACUUUCCUGUGUUACAUACCGUGGUGAUAUAUUAUUUGGUGUGUACUGUACGCAGCCUGCUGCCAUCCCUUCCGAUAGACUAUGUGUUACUGAAAGUAUGGCAACAUCAGAUUCUUGCAAAACUUUAGAGGCAGCUGAGAGCAAAUUCAUUUGUGUGAAAGUAAUUGACAGUGUUGACUGCGCUCUAAAGUUGGAAAGAAAUGAAGCAGACUUUGGAAUAUUCACAGCUGAAGAAGUCAUCUUGACAUCCAAAUUUGAUAUUAAACAGCAGAGGAUAUGUAUUGCUGAAAUUCGAGAACUUGAUAGAGAAACUGAAGAUUUCCACUUCACAACAGUUGCAGUUGUUAAAGAAAGCUUCCCUGGAACUCUUGAAGCUUUAAGAGGGAAGAAAUUUUGUCACCCAGGUUUCAGCAAGUCUCAGUUAUGGACUGACAGAGUACUAAAGCAUUUUGAAAGAGUGGUCCUGAACAGGAGCAGUACUGUUGGAUGUGAUAAAUCCUUGAGGACAGCUGCAGAAGAUGAACUGAGUGCUUUAUCUACUUUCUUCACAAGUGCAUGUCGACCUGGAGAAUGGGUAGUGGAUAAUAGAUUGGAUAAGAAGCUUAAGCAACAGUAUUCAAAAUUAUGUGAAUUAUGUGAUUCAAAAAAUGGAUGUUCCCACAAUGCUGAGAGAGAUGGCAACCAGUAUUCUGCUCUUGACUGUCUCACGAAGAAAGGUGGAGAUGUUGUAUAUGAGGCAUACUCAUAUGUACAGAAAUACUUUGGACUGGUAGGGGGAAGUGCACGUUCUAAUCCAGAGAAUUAUAGGUAUCUGUGUCCAAAUGGAUCUAUCGAACAUAUUUCCAUGACUGUGAAACCCUGCACGUGGAUUCAGCAACCAUGGAAAUCUAUUAUUGUUAAAGAUAAUGAAACUGCUCCAGGUCUAAUGAGUACACUGGAAGUAUGGCUACCUACAAAUUUGAGGCUAAAGAGAUCAAGUAAAUGGGUAGACACUCUGAGAAUUAUGAUAACUGGAAACGGGAACAAGUUGGUUAUAAGAGCUAAUAAAGAAUCUCUCAGGUCUUUCAUUUUACGAGGUAGAGAGAUUCCAGAACCAGGUACAACACUGCCUUGUCAUGAACCAGUGAAGUGGUGCACAACAUCUGAUAUAGAAAACAACAAGUGUGAAUGGCUGCGUCAGGCAGCAAUUAUUCAAGGAAUUGUUCCUGAGUUGCAGUGUGUCCAAGGAACAAGCCAGCUAGAUUGUUUUAAGAAGAUUAAAAACAAGGAUGCUGACAUUGUUGGAACCAGUUCUAAUCUUGGACCCAUAGCUACGCAUUUCUCGAACCUCACAACUGUAAUGUACCAAGAAACAAUUCAGGAUGGACACUUCAAAAUUGUGGCAGUGGUUAAUCUUAAUUUAACAGCUUCCAACAUGAGUGAACUGGAAAAUAAGAAAGCAUGUUUCCCAGAAUUUGCAGGAUUAGCAUGGGUUGCAUUCGUGGAAGCAAUUAGAAAUUCAUCAGAUUCAGAAUCUAAAGUAUGUCCAUAUGAUGAAUCAAUGGGUACUUUCUUCGCAUCUGUCUGUGCUCCAGGAAGUAAAAACCAACUUCAUAGUUCUGUGGACACUGACCUGUGUGCCCUCUGCAAAGAAGCAAGUAGUGGCAGCAGCUACAUUCCCUUCUUUGAUGAAGAAACCUGUGCUGCAACAAUUAGAAAUAAAUUCUAUGAUAAUGUUGGGGCUCUACGUUGUUUGGCAUCUGGAGUAGCAGAUGUGGCAUUCAUAAAUUCUUACAAUUUGUCAGUGAAUUUACAAGAUACAAUGUUGCCUAAAGACUUUGCACAGAAGUACAGAAUAAUGUGCCGCAAUGGAACAAAAGUGCCACUUACUGCAAUUCCAGAUGAUGACUGUGCACUGGCUGUCGUUACAGGAGGAGAGGUGGUUGCAAGGAGAAAUCAGUCCAGAACUGAAUCAAGAGAUCUGUCUCUCACACUGCUUGAGUUAGAUGAAUGGUUUGGGUAUACUAGUGGUUACUUUGCGAAUAUUUUUAAUCUGUAUAAACCAUUUAAUAACACAGAGGAUCUUCUGUUCAGGAGAGAAACACUUGGUUUUCUAAAAAGGUCUGAGGCAAUGGAAAGUGAAAGUACAGAAGCUUAUGAAAAAUUGAAGAGGAAUGCUGAGAAGUGUGUACACCCCAAGAAAGGAUCAGGAGCUAAUGGAACAGAAGCAGAGACAACAGUAUUAUUACUAAUGAUGAUAUUAAGCUUGGGUGUCAUUCUGAGGACCAAUUCAGUGUUUUUUCAAGUAUAAACAGCUGAAGAUUAAUACUCAGUUCAAGUAUCUUACUGUGAAAGUUUCUUACAGAAAUAUAUAUUAAAUAUCAAUUGGAUUCAUAAUUCAGUUAAUUAAAUUUUCUCAGGCUAUUAGUUGGAUCAGUUAGUUAAAGAAAUGUAAUUUAAAAGCACAUGUUUGUAGUGUUAAUGUGGAAUGUAUUUUUUCAUAUCCAACAAUAAUAAUAUGUGUAAGAUACAAGAUCUGCUGCUAAGAAGGGGAAAAGGAGAGGGGUGAGUUAGUGUUGCUAUCUGAUAGGACUGUAGUACAGUAUUUCAAAGAUGGGAUUAUAAUUUCCUUUGUAAAAGUCAUUUAUUUUCAAGUUUUGCUUUAUAAUUUUGUGUGUAGUGUCUCUGUGAACUAUUUAAAUAAUACACUUUAUUCUAUUUUUGACACUACCAAGACAGCUUCAGUAUUUCCAUGGUUGUGUUGUGUUGUGAAAAAACAGAAUUAUUCCUAUUACUGAAAAUGUCUUGCAUAUAAUCUAUAGUGUUGUUAGUUGUAAGGCUAUGUUCACUUUAGUACUUUUUCAUGGUUUGGUGACUUCAUUUAAAUAUUUUAUUUCAAUACAUUAAGCAUGGUGGCAGCUCUUUGAAUUUAUUUGUAAUACUAAACUUUCAAUAUAAAUUGGGCAAACAUUUCCAUUAUAGUUAUAUAAGUUCCUAAAUUCAAUUUAUAAGGUGAAAAUCCUAUCGUAAUGGUGUUGCUCUCACUCUGUCUCUUUCUAGAUGUAACAAUCUUAUGUCAUGAUACUUAUACAGUAUAAUACUUAUUAAGUAUAAAAUUAAACUAUGCCAUUAAUAUUAGCUUUCUGAUAACUGAUAUUAUUUGUAUGCCAACAGCCAUAAACCUACUAGCAAAUAUAUAGAAGAUAGAGGUUCCAUCAUGCACAAUAUUUUAUUCAUUAUAUUGUGUAUGUUGCAUAUGACAGAACCUCUAUCUUCUGUACAUUUGCUAAUAAUAAUCUCAACAGGAUGUAUAAAAUGGAUAUUGCCAUAAAUCCACAUUGGACAUUGUGGACUGUUCAUAGUAUUAGAGCAUUUGGAUCUGUUUGUAUUUCCUGGAAGCAACACAUAUUAAAAAACACUUUAUUUAAAGCUUCAUAAAUUUAUACUUUAACUGUUUUGUGUGAAAAUAGACAGUAGUUCUUUUACUUCUUGACAUUGUUAUACUUUAUAUGACACUUUAAAAGAACUUCACAGACAAAAGAGUUAUAGCUUAUUCUGAAUAACAAGGGAAGAACAUUAUGCACACCUGCUGGACUUGUUUUAUGACUCUGUGGAGAUUUCCAUACUUGGGUGCUAUUGUGAACAACAGAAUCCUUGCAAAACCUUCAGCCUCUGCUCUUGCCCCUUGUAAGCAGAUUUACUAUAAAUAACAGUGGGACCAGAUGUCACACCACUAUGUUGUGCUUUCUGGUGAAACAUGGUUCAUCAAUUCAGCUUCAUAGCUGCAGUUCUUCUGCUAAUAUUUACUGAAGGUAAGAUGUGUGUGUCUGUGUAUAUAUGUAUCUGUAAUAAGAUUCAAUUCAAUUCAAUUUUAUUCAUCCUACUUGGUUAAAACAUUGACAUAAGAUACAUCUUUCAAAUACACGGCUUACAAGUUAUAUCAAUAUUACCACACAAUACAAAUCCAAUUCAUUGAAUGCACCUACUCAUAUACACUCUUCUGAUUUACAUGGCAUGUAUUUAUCUACUGAAUAAAAUGUACAUUGUAACAGGUA